CUUGUUUUCAAGGCUGGUCAAAUAAAUAAAAGCGAGUGCUUUGUAUAAAUCCGCACCUUGGAUGACCUAGAUUAAACACCUUUAUUAUCUACUGCCAAAAUUUUAUUUCUCACGUCCACAACCACGACCACGCCACAUUUUGUUCUUCAAAUAAAUACCAAACGAUACAAUGUUCAUACAAAAGAGCCAUAUAGCUGCCCAAGUUUCCAACUCUACUUCACAUCCGUCGCACAUUAUUUUACCCUACUCUAACAACAGCACCGACAACACUAGUCCCAGCACUCGGGAAAUUAGCCACAGUAUUGGCCAGGACAGUAACCUUAACCUAUGUCGCUGGAUUUGCGGCACCAACCCCAAGACUGACAUCCUGUACCGUCGCCAUAUUCUAUCCACCACCACGCCCAUCACGUCUCCGCUCUUCCGCCUGCACCGUCCGACAAAAGUAACCGAGUUGCUCGAUAAGUACACAGAGUUCAUAGACCGGCCAAUUUCCUCGUUUAUGGGCGAGCACAGUAGCUUGGAUACAUUCAAGCCCUUGCCGCGCAGUCCUCAAUCCAUUUUGGUCAACGACAGGGCCACGCACUAUUUGCCGCCGCUGGUCGCCGAAGAGUAUGCUGGCCAUGUGUCGAGGCUGUCAUACUUGGUCCGCUCGCUGCAUGCCAUUGAGGUUGCCGACCCUGUUUUUCUGUCAGACCCGCGCACCCAUCUGCUGCUCGAUUUGUUUACCCUGCCGAGGGUGGAUUUAUUGCGCGCACAUGCGCAGAAUAUCCAGGAAAUGGAGAAACAAAAGCAGCAGCAACAGCCACCAUCACAUCAUAUACAUAGGCCGGAAGCGUUGGACAGGCCGAGUCGACUAGACAUUGGUGAUGCAUUGAGCUGGGUAUGGAACGCGCAGACGAGCUCAGGUCCACAGAGCGAAAUUAGCUCGGAGUUUGACCAUGUUGGCCAGACCACACUCCAUCAUAAGGAUUCUGACAGUGAGGAUUGCGCUCUGGCUGCACGAUAUGAUUCCGACGAGAUCCUGGGAUUCAGGCUGCAAGUUGCCAACGCACUGAGUACCAAUGGUUUUUCGUCUAUCGUUGCUGAAAAAACUGCAGUGCCUCUCCAAUUAAGGCAUGUUGCUGAUACAUCGGCAAGCAACCGAGUCAGCAUUGACAGCUCUGGCUUCAAUAAGAUGGGUGUCCGCCAGUUUUCCACCCCCCCUGCAAGGUAUCUCAGGGAUAUAGAGAGGUGACUGAAAUGACAUUGCGUUUUGACCCCAAGCUGCACCCUGUUGCUGGACCUCGUUCUAUGCAAGUGUCCUUGCCACAUAGUGGCAGUUUGAGCAGCCGCGAGGUCUCGGUUGCCGAAAAACAACAGCAGUCAAUUUUGUCUAGCAAGGCGUCAACCGGUACGAGAAAGCUUCGCAGAAAGUCUAAACUCGUCCCCAAACAGCUGCUGUCACUGGCAUCCGACAAAUAAAUAAUACAUGGGUUAAAAUAUUUUAUAAAAAAAGUAUACAGCAGAUGCAUACUGCACUUUAUUAUUUUUAUUUUUUAGCUUACUCGGGGCUCACCUAUUAUUAGCUUUUAUUUAUACAAUUCCAGUUUACUUCCUCAAUUUAAAAUUGAAA